CCGGAACAACAGGGAGCGAAAUAUAGACAUUUUCACGUGAGACUGAGCGCUGGCACAAGGCGAUCUUCUCAAAAAUCUACUAUUUAUGGCGUUACAUCAUGAUGAUCAGAUUCCGCAGGAGAACAUGCAUCACUUUGAGCAUUUUUAUAUUUUUGGUUUGUUUGAUUAUGGCAGGCCUGAAGCAUUUGAGGCCUGAAAAUGCUGCUUUUGGAAGUCCAUUUGGGCUUGGUCUUUUUCCAGGGUUUCAUAGAGCUUCAGUUCUUGAAAAAAUACCUGAUUCUGAAAAUCACUUGAAAGGAAAUACUGUUACUGAGACAAACACUUUGCCUGCACCGAAAGAUAAAGUUUACCAGUCAGAUAUGGAAGAAUUUCCACCUCCCAAUUAUGACCUUCAUAUUUUUUACUAUACAUGGUAUGGAAAUCCACAGUUUGAUGGCAAAUAUAUCCACUGGAACCACCCAUUGCUGAAACACUGGGAUGCCAAAAUUGCAAAUAGUUUUCCACUGGGUAAACAUAAUCCUCCUGAUGAUGUUGGGGCCAAUUUCUACCCAGAAUUAGGACCGUACAGCUCCAGGGAUCCAUCCGUUAUAGAUGCUCAUAUGAAACAAAUACGAUCUUCUUCUGUAGGUGUCAUUUCAGUGUCAUGGUAUCCACCAGGAAUAAGUGAUGACAAUGGUGAACCAACUGAUGACUUUAUCCCAAGUAUUUUAGAUAAAGCACAUAGUUAUGGGCUAAAGGUUAAUUUUCAUAUUGAACCAUACAGGAAUCGAGAUGAUUACAGCUUGCGCAACAAUGUUGUUUAUAUUAUUGACAAGUAUGGAAGUCACCCAGCAUUUUACAAGUACAAGACUGACAAUGGCAGAACUUUGCCCAUGUUUUACAUUUAUGAUUCAUACAUAACAACUCCUGGGACUUGGGCUAAUCUUUUAACAUCAUCUGGAUCCCAGAGUAUACGAAAUACCCCUUAUGAUGGCAUUUUUAUGGCCCUUCUUGUAGAGGAAAAGCAUAAACAUGACAUUCUUAGAGGUGGCUUUGAUGGUUUUUAUACUUACUUUGCCACCAAUGGAUUUUCAUAUGGAUCAUCACAUCAACACUGGUCUAGUUUGAAAGAGUUUUGCAACACGAACAACCUACUAUUUAUUCCAAGUGUCGGACCAGGUUACAUAGACACCAGUAUUCGUCCUUGGAAUUUUCAGAAUACUAGAAAUCGAAUUAAUGGGAAGUAUUAUGAAACCGCUAUAAAUGCAGCUUUACUAGUAAGGCCUAAAAUUAUUUCUAUUACAUCAUUUAAUGAAUGGCAUGAGGGAACGCAGAUUGAAGCAGCUAUUCCUAAGAAGACUGCUCAGAUGAAAUAUGAAGAUUACCUGCCGCAUAAACCAAAUAUCUAUCUGGAACUCACACGCAAAUGGUCAGAGAAAUAUAUGAAGGAAAAGGAGCACUGGCUUGUUUAACAAAAAAUGUACACAAAGGUGCAUAUUUUGUAACCACAAAAUUAUAGCUACAAAUGUGUUGAAUUCUUUUACUUUGGAUAAAAAAAAUCUUAAGGAAAAUUUUGAACGGAAGCAGCAGUCACACUAAAUGUGGCAUAAGGCCUGUUGCUCAUUUGUGUCAGUUGUGCUUCUGUAUCAGGUUGCUCACAACCCAUUAUCUGUUGCUCCCAAUUGCCUCAAAGCAGGUGUUUUAUUAUGGGUUUGGAGGCAAUUUUUGGUUGCAUGAAAACCAGGUGUACUGCCAAACAGAGCCUCCUGUAGGCUUACAGUCCACAUAGGGGCUACCAAAUGACCAUGCAUGCAUUGCUCCCCAACUCUUUUGUCAUCUGAAUGUUGCUCAUGGUUGAAAAUGUUGGGGACCCCCCCACUCUAUAUUAUAUUAAGUGGGAAAAGUUAUUCUAUUAUUGUUUCUUUAACAUGAUAUUAUGGUAGAUGUUAGAUCAGAAAUGCUCCCCUCCCCCCUUCUCUAUGGUUAUUAAGCACACUGAAUUGGUCUUGGUGGUGAAUUGUUGUUAUGCAGAAAUGUACAGUACUUUAUAGCAGUGUAUUCACCAACUUAUCUUUUAUAAAGCACAGCUGUUGUCAUGUAGUCAGAAUCAAAGCUGAAGGAGAGCACAGAUUGUUUCUAGAAUGUUACCUGAUUUUUCAGCCUCUAUCUGUUUGGCGAUUCCGACCUUAAUUUGCUAGUCCCUGCUAGACACUGAUAUUUGUAUAUGAAAGGAGACUUUUUUCAACUAUGUUAGUUUUUGAGCUAGCAGGAACUUCCCCCCUCCCCCCCCCCCCAUUAUGCCGUUUUAUGUUUCUGUAUGGUUAAUAUUUUACCUGUGGUUUGUAAAUAAGAUAUAGAAACUGUGGGUUUUUUUCACAAUAUUCUAGGCCAUAAGAUGUACACCAGUGGUAUAACUAUUGAGGAAGCAGACCCUGUGGAUUUGGGGUACUUGGGGAACAUGGAGCCUGGACUGCGGGUUGUGCUUCCUCUAUAGCCGCUCUCUAGCCCCUUAAAAUUUGCACGGCCGCUGUGAACUAUCUGCAGCUGGCAGGCAUGAGGGAGGGCAUUAAGAGGCGAGUGGGUAGGUUGCUGUGCACUGGGCCCAUCUGAAGAUUUUUUUGAGUUGGAGCCUGGCACCACAUCAUUAUGCCCCUGAUGUGCCACCCUGUAAUAUAGAUGCUUGCUUAAUUAUUACUGAGACAGUGCAUGACUACUGAUGAAAAAUUAUUUUGUUAUAAUACAAAGUACAAAGCUUGUAUUCCUGCCUCCAUUACAAAAAA